AUGGUGGCCACAAGUAAGUUUGACCACCUGGAGGAGCACCUGGAGAAGUUUGUGGAGAACAUCCGGCAGCUCGGCAUCAUCGUCAGCGACUUCCAGCCCAGCAGCCAGGCCGGGCUCAACCAGAAGCUGAAUUUUAUUGUUACUGGCUUACAGGAUAUUGAUAAGUGCAGACAGCAACUCCAUGAUAUUACUGUGCCUUUAGAAGUUUUUGAAUACAUAGACCAAGGUCGAAACCCCGAACUCUACACCAAAGAGUGCCUGGAGCGGGCUCUGGCUAAAAAUGAGCAAGUUAAAGGCAAGAUUGACACAAUGAAGAAAUUUAAAAGCCUGUUGAUUCAAGAACUUUCUAAAGUAUUUCCUGAAGACAUGGCUAAGUACCGAAGCAUCCGAGGGGAGGACCACCCCCCUUCCUAACUUCAUCCUCUCUGUCAGAAGACCCUCCUAGUCCUGCAGGAAUGUCCGUGACCUCUAGGCAGCCUGGGACUGAGCGGCAUCGAUGCUGUUUCCUGGGUCCAGCCUCCAGCUACCUUGUCUGUCCCUGUCAUUCAUUGGCUUCUGGGGAUGGCGUGGCCUGGAGGGCGUGUGGGGCGGGGCCUCCAGCUGCCCCCUCCCCCUGACAUGCUCUGUUUGGUCCUCAAGCUCUCAGAUGGCUGGUGACAGCACAUCUUUUGAGUGCAAUGUGUUUGCUUCUCCACCACCAGAUGUCUUGGAAACAUUAAAUACGAUAGGGAAAUUGAAAGUUUUUAAAAUCCUACCUAAUAGUUUUAUGUACUCUUUCUGUUCUUUUUUUUGAUAGUGUCAAAGAGAGCUAAAAAAAAAAAGGAAAAUUGGUUUAAAAUGAGAAGUACUUUAAAUUGGUUUAGAAUUUUAUAUUUUCAAGUAUUGUGCGUAAAGAAUGUUUUCAAUGUAACAGCGUUUACAUGGAUUUCAGUUAGACCUACGAAUAUAAUAAAGGCUUUAAGUGUUUCUGUAA